AUGGACGCUCUUCCCAAAAUAGAGUUUGACGAGAACUUGUCUGAAGACUUGCUGAAUGAAGAGGUAUCAUCGUGAUCAAUUAGGAGAUCAGAGAAGAUCCUCCUUAAUAUGAGUAAGAACUCACUCAGUAGUAAGAAGAAAAGAAAUAACUCCUUGGAGAAAAGUAGUACAAUACUUAAAUUUCCUGAUUGAGACGGAGGAUCACCUUCCUUAGAGUUAAAACUGAAUGAAAUUGGUGAUUCUAAUAAUUGUAAAACUAAGAGUCAGCCCAUUUCAAAGGUUAAAGAGAAGAAAAGCAAUUUUUCCUUAAAACAAGAAAUCAGCGCUCUUCUUAAGUAUGCAGCUAGGAUAAGGGAAAAGAAGAUGUUGAAGGAUUCUGGGAGCAAUAAAGUCUCCAAGGAAGAUUCCAAAAGUAUAUCCGAUGAACUCCCAUCACUCAGACAUAUAAAACUAGAAGGAAUGGAUCCUUCUUAAUGGCUUAAUGUCUUAGUUGAUUUUAAAAAGAAUUCGAAAU